AUGUCAAAUAACACGCAAAAUUCAAUAAUAACCUCAACCUCAACUACAACACCGUCCUACAAACUUCGAGCAAGUCUCACUCCAACUGAACGCAUAACUACAGUAUUAUAUUUUACUGGUGCGUGGACUCUAAUACUUGGCUCAUAUGAAGGAGGAAAAAAGGCUGGGCUACAAUAUUUGGCUGAAAAUGCACAUAAAUUACCAAAAACCAAAGGAGGAUGGUAUUUUUACCAUAAAAGAAAAAAUUAUCGAAUAUUUAUUGGUGGUAUGAAAAGUGGUGUACGUUUAGCGAUGAAAACGAGCUUAGUAUGUUUAACGUUCACGGGGUUGGAAGCUAUGUUAGAUGAAGUUAGGAAAGAAAAUGAUUUUCUGAACUCGUGUGGAGCUGGACUUACUACAGCUUUGAUCGUUUCGGGGAUAUAUCGAUUUCCGAGACAAAGCAUUAAAUAUGCAUGUAUGAUUGGACUUGGUGUUGGUAUCAUCACUGGUGGUUUACAAGAUGCUGUGAGGUUUUAUCAAGGUCAAAACAUCUGGUAUUGGGACUUGAUAAAAAAAAAUAGAGUAUAG